UUUGGUUUGUUUGUGUUAACAGAAAUCAAUCACAUUGCUUUUGGGAACAAUCUGGAAAGUUAAAAGCUUUGGAGAACUGUGUUGCUGGUAUAUCUAUUGAUAUGCAUGAUAGAGGUUCGAAUAAUAGGUCAAUAUUCUCAGUAUUUUUAUCUAAAACAAGAAUUGAGUGAUUGGAUUUGCUUCUAACUGCCAUCAAAAUAGGAGAACUCUUCAUUGUACGGUUUUCAGGAUAGAAUCUUUGUGGGGUUGUUACUAGUGAAUGAGAGGGUGAAAGGAAAUGAAUGAGAAACUUAGGGUUGGGUUUGUGGUACAAUGACUGGAGGGUCAUUGGGUCUACGUGCAGGGAGUUAUGGGUCAUUGCUGAACAUCAAAAAUGUUAUUGCUGGUGGUGGAAGAUUAUUGCAUUCUAAAUCAUUUGGUAGUGUACGAAAGAAUCCAAUCAUCAUGCUUUCAGGAUCUAGGGAAAAGGAGAGGUCUCUCCCCUCCAUUUGGUAUCGGUAUCUAGGUCGUCGGAAAUUUUCCAUGCUGCUUCUGGUUGCCUUUGCUGUUUUGGUCUUCGUUUUGGGUUCUUUUGUUGUCAACAAAGAAAGCAAUAGUCCAAAUGUUGAUCAACGAAUUGGAACUAUGAGCAUGGCUCAUUACAUUAACGCUACCAGAAAUGAAGCUUCACGGAUCCUUGGGAGGAGGAAUAGGCAGAAAGGAGGGGAUGGAAAUAGAUUUCAAGCUUCUGUUUCUAAAGGUGCAAACCAUCCAUGUGCAAAUUUCACAUUCCCUCCUCCCCCUCCUCCUCAUCUUAGACGGAUUGGGCCUCGGCCAUGUCCAGUAUGUUACCUCCCCGUGGAUCAGGCCAUAGCUAGCAUGCCAAGCUCCCCAUCAGAAUCUCCAGUGCUUCAUAAUUUGACAUAUGUUCAUGAUGAAAAUCCAAUUAAAACUGAACCACACGGGGGCUCCGACUUUGGUGGAUAUCCAUCUCUAAAGCAAAGAAAUGAUUCGUUUGAUAUAAAAGAGUCAAUGGUAGUCCACUGUGGAUUCGUGAAGGGAAGUAAACCUGGUCACCAGACUGGAUUUGAUUUUGACGAGUCUGACCUUGCAGGGUUGCAGCAGUUCCAUGAGAUCAUUGUUGCGUCUGCGAUAUUUGGGAACUAUGACUUAAUACAGCAGCCGAGGAACAUCAGUGAAGAAGCAAAGAGAAAUGUUCCUUUCUACAUGUUUAUCGAUGAAGAAACAGAAGCAUAUAUGAAGAACAGAAGUAUGUUGGACAGCAGUAAAAGGGUGGGCUUGUGGAGAAUUAUUGUGAUCCACAAUGUCCCUUAUAGUGAUGCGAGACGUAAUGGGAAGGUCCCGAAGCUUUUAUUACAUAGAAUAUUCCCAAAUAUUCGCUACUCUAUAUGGAUCGAUGGAAAGCUCCAGCUUGUUGUGGAUCCUUAUCAAAUUCUUGAGAGAUUCUUGUGGCGCCAAAAUGCAAAUUUUGCAAUCUCAAGACACUACAGACGAUUUGAUGUCUUUGUAGAGGCUGAAGCAAACAAAGCUGCAGGAAAAUACGAUAAUUCCUCGAUUGAUGCGCAGGUGGAUUUUUAUAGAACAGAAGGGUUAACACCAUAUUCAGAGGCCAAGCUUCCUAUAAUCAGUGACGUUCCUGAAGGUUGUGUACUCAUAAAGGAACAUAUUCCGAUCACAAAUCUAUUUACCUGCCUGUGGUUCAAUGAAGUUGAUCGUUUUACAUCCCGGGAUCAGUUAAGCUUUGGUAUGGUAAGGGAUAAAAUAAUGGCGAAAGUUGAUUGGCAUAUCAAUAUGUUCCUGGAUUGUGAAAGACGCAAUUUUGUCAUACAGGCAUACCAUAGAGAUUUAUUGGAGCACAUGCCUCCACCAGUUGCAGUGAUUCGACACCCACCAGCAUUGCCGAAUAUCAUUACCCGUGAAAGAAAUCAAGGGAAGAAGAUUCCAAGACAUGGGAAGGAUAGGAGAUCUGGUUCGCGGCAUCUGCAUAAGGCUUCUGCUGGUAAUAGAGAAAGCAAUUUCUUUUAAAUGCUGUCUGAACCAAAAAGAAGAAAGGGAAUCUAGCUUUUUCUUCUUCUUCGUCCCUUUUUUUUUUUUUUGACAACAUUGAGUUUUCUUCUAAUUUGUUGUCACGGAAUAGGACUAGAUAGCUAAUUUUAGGAUUAUGUAAGGAGUAAAAUUGGCACAUUAUUUUCUGAAAAUUUUGAUAUCUAUUCUUUAAUUGCUGUACAUCCUGAAAGAGCUUCAUAAAAAAGACGAGCUCUUCUACACAUCAUUCUUAAUGGCAGAACUGUAUC